AUUUUCCAUCGACGACUGAGAAAGAGAAGCUGCGGCAGAGUCGGUGAUAGUCAGGACGGCGAACAGCAUCAUAAACGAUCCAGUCAUGCAUCGGGAAUGCCCCCUUGACUGCAAGGUCUAUGUUGGAAAUUUAGGAAAUAAUGGAAACAAAACAGAAUUGGAGAGAGCGUUUGGCUAUUAUGGCCCUCUCCGCAGUGUUUGGGUGGCCAGAAACCCCCCUGGUUUUGCUUUUGUAGAGUUUGAAGAUCCCCGGGAUGCGACUGACGCUGUGCGUGAGCUCGAUGGGAGGACACUUUGCGGUUGCCGGGUGCGAGUGGAGCUGUCCAACGGUGAGAAACGCAACCGCAACCGUGGUGCUCCCCCCUCGUGGAGCAGGCGUGUUCGAGACCGCGACGACUAUAGGCGACGCAGCCCUCCGCCCAGACGAAGAUCUCCACGCAGGCGGAGCCUGAGCCGCAGCCGAAGCAGGUCUUUGUCCAGAGAAAGGAGGAGAGAGAGGUCCCUCUCCCGGGACAGGAACCACAAGCCCUCCAGGUCCUUCUCCCGAUCAAGGAGUCGCUCCAGAUCUAACGACAGAAGAUAAAUCGUCUGUCGGGUGUAGAGGGAGCUGAAGAUGAACGUUUGUACGUGCUCGUCCGUUUGUAAAGGACUUGAGCGUCACCACGUUUUUUUUUUGUUUUUUUGUUGUUCGUUUUUUUUUUUUUUUUUUUUUAAACAAUCAUUUUAGUGUCCCUCCCUUUCUAUUGUUAGUUGCUGCCAGCUUCAUUGACUGGGUAUGUUCAGGCGUCGUCACUGGCACCUGAUCAGUCUCGACACAACUGUCCCACCCUGCAUUCCAGAGUUUAAUCUCUCUGAGCUUUGGUUUUCAUACGUAGAUGUUUGUGUGGGUUGACAUUGUGUGAGUACUUCUGUCAUUUUCACUGUACAUGUAAAAAAAAUUUUUUUGUAAAAGAUGUGGAAAUAUGUACAUUUCCCCUCCUGUGUGAGCCAACCUAUUUUCAACUUGCUGUAUUGUUGUACCUGAUGCUUAUUCAUCAAGCAAAAACAUGGCAUUUAUUCAGAAAUGUAGUUGCAGAAUUCAAUUUUUUUGACUUUAGGUUUAACAUUGUUCUAUUGUUUGAUACAUUGUGACGUAGUCUCUAUUA